UCUGUGGCCAGUUCGUUGUGGACGUUGGAGAUCACAUGCGAGUCCAACAAACAAUGCAACUUGUCUGAAAUGGUCGUAUGGUGAAACGAAAUCUCCCAAUUGAGCAGCCAGAUACACUGCACCAUGCGCUUGCAGCCUCACAUGGCCAUGGCGCCGUCCGCCCUAACUAUCUCCAGCGCCGUUCCCUCCCCUCGCAGCUGUAUAUAAACCCUCGAGCACACGCUCUUCCUCCAGCACUCACCGCUGGCAACCUUCUCCUAGUCCUAGACCGGUGGACCCUCACGGCUCACGCUUUCACGGCGCCCACGACGAUGGCCUCCACGACGCAGCAGCAUCGGCGCGCCAUGGCCGUAGUGCUGGCCGUCCUCCUCACGGCCAUGGCCUCGCCCAUGGCAAUGCGCGCCGCCGCAGCGGCGGCGACCGCGGCGGGCGGGUGCGAGGGCGACAAGUUCCCGGCGGGCCGGAGCUACGCGCACUGCGCGGCGCUCCCCAAGCUCGGCGCCAGGCUGCACUGGACCCACGACUCCAAGACCGGGUCGCUGUCCGUGGCGUUCGUGGCCAAGCCGGGGGGCGCGGGCGGCGCCGGGUGGGUGUCGUGGGCGAUCAACCCGACGGGGGACGGCAUGAAGGGCGCGCAGGCGCUGGUGGCAUUCCGGGCCUCCCCCGCGGCGCCCUACGCCGUCAACACCUACAACAUCACGGGGUACAAGCCGUUCGGGGCCAGCUCCACGGCCAUCGCGUUCCGGGCCACCGACCUGGCCGCCGAGGCGGCCGCCGCCGGGGAGGUGCGGCUCUACGGGAGGCUGCAGCUGGCCCCCGGGACCGAGGUGGUCAACCACAUCUGGCAGGUGGGCUCCGCGGUCACCGCCGGCGCGCCCGCCAAGCACGCCUUCGACAAGGACAACCUCGAGGCCAAGGGCAAGCUCGCGCUCUCCGGCGCCGCGCUGGCGCCCGCGCCGGCCGCCUCCGCCGGUGGCGCGUCGGCGGGUAAGGGCGGCAGCGCGGGAGGAGAAGCCGCCCCGUCUGGCGCGAAGCCGUCGGCGGCGGCGACCGCCGCGGCUGCUCCGGUGCUCAUGCUUCUCGCCUUGGCGGCGGGUUUCAUGGCAACCGUAUGAUUGAUUGACAUACGGGGCAGGCAGCAGUUCUUUCCUUGGUUACAGUUUACUAGUACACGCUAACACACGAUGGGUGUGGCGCGCAAGGGUUAGAGCGACCACAUGUGUGUUGUGUUCGGGCAGUGAGGGUGCUUUCCUAGCAUAGUGUGUGUGAUGUGGUUUCGAUCAUCCUUGGCCGCGCGAGAGUUCAUAUUUGUUGCUAGGAGAUGCUUGUUUUUCUUUUGCAUUUUUUUUAUAUGUUUCGGCAUUUGAUGAUUUUUACCGCAUUGGAUUUAUCUUAUUAUUGUUGAGCGACUAAAGAACUCUUGUUCUGAUUUUAACCUAAAGAAAAAGAUUGUUAUCUAUGAGGGAGAGACAGAGAGGUGGUAAAGUGGUAGCUUACUCUAAUACUCUUAUUGAUGUACUGGUCAACGGUUGACUUUCCAUUUAUGCUACACGCUAUCGAGGUGAAUCUGAGCCGCCUCGGUUGAUCCGAGACGCUGCAUUGAUGGAUACUGCAUGCAGCUUGUAUAAAAAGUUUAGACCUUGUUUAGAUUGCAAAAAAUCUGCAACAGUGUCACUGUAGCACUGUCGUUUGUAUUUGACAAAUUUUAUCUAAUUAUGGACUAGUUAGACUCAAAA